GUGAAACCAGGCUCGCAGCUGCGCCGUGGAGCAGCCGCUCACAUCUGUAGUAUUGUCAGUGACCUCGGCGACAGGCACAGAUCUGGAGAAAGCAGUCCCUCGCUCAGACAUGGAAACAUUGCUAAUGAUCUGCGGGUAGACAUCAGGUUUUCCUUCCAGCCAGUUCUCUACAGCUGCCUCUCCUCCUCCACACCUGCUCUUCUUCAGUCUCCAGUAUGUAUCAGAUUGUCCCGGUGGCUCCUGGAGAGCAACCGGCGGCUGACAGAGCACACGGCUCUCCUCUUCAGAAGAAACUGGCUCAUGAAGGCCGGCCGCUGGUGCUGGCGAGUAUUCUAGGCUUUAUGUUGGUGCUGGCUGCUGGGAUCGCCUGGUGCUACUACUCAGUGUCUCUCCGUCAAGCCCAGCUGCUUGAGACUGAGUUACUUGACCUGAGCAAGGAUGGAUUUAUCAUACGUAACCAGGCAGGGGCUGUCAUCUUCUCUAUGACCUUCAGCUCUGGCACUCUGGAUCUGGACUCCUGCUCAAAGGAGGGAAAUAUUCUCAAGUGCACUCGGUCGUAUUCUGGCAAGCUCAACUUCUUUAUCCAGACGGUCCGACCAAAGGGCACUGUCAUGUGUUACCGCGUUCGCUGGGAGGAGCUGGAAAACAACCACUUUGUAGAACAUGCAAUGACCUAUAAUAACUCGUACUGGUAUGGAGGCGCAGAGACAGCAGAGCAGUACUGGCCUAUCAAGUUUCAUGGGGAAGAGGAACCUCGGCCUUUCAUCACCAGUGAUGUCUACUCUUAUCGAAAUGCUUUUGGGGGAAUCCUUGAGCGCUACUGGCUGUCAUCGAAUGCAACUGCAAUCAAGAUUAAUGACUCGGUGCCGCUUCAUUUGGGCUGGUCGGAGAAGGACAGGACCCUGAGGUUUCUGGCCCGGUACGGGGACUCUCCCUUCAGGCGUCCAGCAGGACAGCCUGCCUUACCUGAACUCAGCUACAGAGUGUGUGUGGGCUCUGACGUCACGUCUAUUCACAAAUACAUGGUGCGUCGAUAUUUCUCCAAGCCCAUCAAAGUCCCGUCUCAUGAAGUGUUUAAGAAACCAGUCUGGUCCACAUGGGCUUUCUACAAAACAGCUGUGACUCAGGAGAAGCUGCUGCACUUUGCCGCUAACAUCACCAAGCACGGCUUCACCUGCUCCCACCUGGAGCUGGACGACCGCUACACCACAGACUACGGAGAGUUUGACUUUGACCCGCAGAAAUUCCCGAAUGCCAGCGGCAUGUUCGACAAACUUAGAGAGGACGGGUUUCAAGUGACGCUGUGGACGCAUCCCUUCAUCAACUACGACUCCAUUAAUUUCGGCGUAGCCGUGGAGAAGGGACUGUUUGUUCGGGAGCCGAGCGGGGAGCUGCCGGCUCUUGUCCGCUGGUGGAAUGGGGUCGGAGGGAUUUUGGACUUCACAAACCCAGAAGCCCGUGAGUGGUAUUCCUCACAUCUGCGCAUGCUCAAAACCCGCUACGACGUGACCUCCUUCAAGUUUGAUGCUGGAGAAACGAGCUACCUUCCCCGUCAGUUUAGCACCCUGGUUCCUCUGUCCGACCCCUCCACCUUCACUCGCCGCUACACGGAGAUGGCCAUUCCCUUCAGUGAGCGUGCAGAGCUGCGAGUGGGUUACCAGAGCCAGAAUAUCUCCUGCUUCUACAGGAUCAUCGACAGAGACUCGGUGUGGGGUUAUGAACUCGGCCUUAAAUCCAUCAUUCCCGCUGUUCUGACUGUUAGUAUCCUGGGAUACCAGUUUGUCUUACCUGAUAUGAUAGGAGGGAAUGUGUACUCCAACCGGACCACAGGUGUAAAAGAUGGUCUUCCAGACAGAGAGCUGUACAUUAGAUGGUUGGAGCUGUCUGCUUUUAUGCCUGCCAUGCAGUUCUCCGUACCUCCAUGGGCCUACGACAGUGAGGUGGUGCAGAUAGCGCAGAAGUUCACAGAGCUUCAUGAAUCUCUGGUGGCCCCCAGGGUUAUUGAGCUGGCAGGGGAGGUGGUCAAUACCGGAGACCCAAUUAUAAGGCCCCUUUGGUGGAUCGCCAAUGACGACGAGACGGCUUAUAAAAUUGACUCUCAGUUCUUGAUCGGAGAUGACCUGAUGGUGGCUCCGGUCCUGGAACCAGGAAAGCAAGAGCGAGACAUCUACCUUCCAGCAGGACGAUGGAGAAGCUACAAGGGGGAACAUUUUGAUAAAGGUCCGCUGUACCUCACUGACUACCCUGUGGACCUGGAUGAAAUAGCUUACUUUACAUGGGUUGAGACAUAAAAACAUGAAAACACAAGAAAUUGCACACACACACUGUAUGCACACUUCUGUUAUCUUGAGCAAAUGUACCAAGAUAAGGCAGGGAAUGUCUGCUUUCCAAAAGGGAAAGGUGUGACGAUGAAAAAUAUUCAAAUUAAUCUGAUUGUGUCUCCAUCCUUAAGCCGAUCGUCAUCCUCUUGUGCCUUCCACAGCCGAUAGUUAAACCAAUCCCUGAUUGUAGAACCACCGCGGUCUUCCCUAGUGGCCAUUUAACACAACACAUGGUCCACAAAGCCUGUGGCCCUCCGUGUUGUUGGGUUUGGACUCAAACUACGUGGUUUUCAAUGUGAAGCUUAGUGCAUUGUAGAUAAGAAAUGUGCCAUAGGAUCAUUUAUAUGUGUCUUUGUUGUGGGCUAGCCAGGCCAUUAACAGAUGCACAUCUGCUCACACAGCGUUCCUUAACUUGUUAUCGUCUUCUCAACUACCUAACGUGUAUUAGCUUGCAUUGCUAUGGCAACUGGAUUCUUUCAGUCAACUUUAAUUACUUUUUAUUGUUUUCUUUUAAAAAUAAUAGGUGACUACUUAAUAUAUGGAAAAUACUUUUAAGUCAGAAAUUCUUAACCUGUUAUACCAAUCUGCCAUUUCUGCGUUUUAUUUGCGCAAGUUAAACAUUUCUGCUCAGGGUAUAUAUUAUUAUGAUUGCAUAAGAGGUUUAUUUUACUACUGCUACUGGUUUGCUCUGUUGAACCAUUCUCAAAGAUGCCAUAUUUUAAUGUGCCAUCCAAAUUUUCAAACCCAGGUCCAAAAAACUGGGGACACUGUGUAAAAUGUAAAUAAAAACAGAAUGCAAUGGUUUUUAAUCUCAUGAAGUCAUAUCUUAGUCCCAUUAAAACAAGAACAACACAUCGGAUGUUGAAACUGAGACAUUUUGCCAUUUCAUGGAAAAUGUUGGCUCAUUUUGAAUUUGAUGGCACCUACAAAAAAGUUGGAACAGGGGCAUUAAAAGUAAUUGGCUAAGGUCAAAACUGGAUGUGCGUGCUCUUUGGGCCCUCAUCAAAAACAGGCAUGAUUAUCUGGAAAUCACUGCAUGGGCUCAGGAACACUUCCAGAGAUCACUGUCCGUGAAUGUAGAGCACCAUGCGAUCUACAAAUGCAGCUUACAGCUCUACCAUGCAAAGAAAAAGCUAAGACGAUACAGGAAAGCCGCCGUCUUCUCUUGGUCAAAAGCUUAUUGAAAGCUUAUUGAAAAUAGUCCGAGAGAAAUGGAAAAGUGCUCUCCGGUCAGAUGAAUCAAUAUUUGCAAUUAUUUUGUAAACUAUAGAUGAUGUGUCCUUCGGACUGCAGAGGAGAGGGACUUUCCAGCUUGUCAUCAGUGCUCAGUUCAAAAGCCUGCGUUUCUGAUGGUAUGGGCUUGCUUUAGUGCUAGUAGCAUAAGAAGCUUACACAUCUGGAAAGGCAACAUUAAUGCUGAAAAGUAGAUUCAGUAGUUUCAGAGCUACAUUAUGCUCCUAUUCAGACAACGUCUCAUUUAGGGAAGGCCUUGCAUAUUUCAGCAAGACGGUGUUGAACAACAUACGGCAUCCAUCGCAACAGCAUGACUUUGCAGGAGAAGAGUCUGGGUGCUGGACUGGCCCGCGGACUGAACUGGCCUGCGUAGUGAACUGAUCUUCGUGCUGGACUGGCCCGCGGACUGAACUGGCCUGCGUAGUGAACUGAUCUUCGUGCUGGACUGGCCUGCGUGCAUUGCAAACCUUUCACCAAUAGAAAACAUUCGAUGCAUCAUGAAAUGAAAAAUCCUGCAACAAGGGCCCGGGAGCGUUGAGCAGCUAGAAUCCUGCAUCAGACAAGAAUGAUACGACAUCCUUCUCCUGAAACUAUUCUCUUCACUUUCCAGAUGUUUACAGACAGCUUUUAAGAGAAGACAGGAUUCACAAUCAUCACCUGUUGCAAGUUUUUUUAGAGUCGUUACUGCCAUCAAAUUCAAAAUUAUUUUUUCCCCCAUGAUUAUCCAUAAAUUGGUAAACUGUUUCAGUUUCAACAUCUGAUAUGUUGUUUAUGUUCUACUGGGAGUAAAUAUGGCUUCAUGCUGGAUUGUCAAAUCAUUGCUUUCUGUCGUUACUUACAUUUUACACAGCGUCCCAACUUUUUUCGGGCUGAGUUUGUACUUUGUGGCCUUAUUUGCUUCAUGAGCUAAAGGAAAGAUCUACUAGAUCUUUACUACUAGAGCAGUGACAUGUUCAUCUCUGCAUGCAGACUUAACGUGCUUGUUAGAUUACAACAUUGUUUGUUUAGGAUUGACCUUGCAAACUGCAUGAAUUUGUAUGCUCUUAUAUUGUGUCUGCUUGCAUGAGAAAAAAAGCACAAAGUUGGUUAAAUUAUCUGUCUACUUUGCUUCUGAGUAAUUAUAACAGCACCGUUGCUAUAUGUAGAACUGUAAAGAGACAAGACCAUCUAUUGAUCUGAUCUGUUAUCUUUAUAGUUUCAUGAAACACUGCCGAGCCCAUCAAAAGGUGACAGCAAAUGUUCAAAUCUUACAAAAAGUGGCUUUUAUUGAUAAGCUAUACCAUGAUAAUGCCAAAAAAGCAUAACAAAAUGUUAAUGUUAACAUUCCUCAAUUCUAUGGCAAGAAAAAGUUUAAACAAUAAUUUAGAGGAUCUUCUUAAGACUUUGGCGAAUGUAAAAUGCAGUAAUGCACAUAUUAGCACAUUUUAAAGACGUUUGUAAAGGGAACUCUGACAGUAUGCUCAAUGAAUGAAUUGGCCAACACUGAGGAUUCAUGGUGAAACCUGAGUAUUUCAUGUAUGAUCUGUUUUGAAAUGCCGAAGGGGCAAGUAUUUUCUUACAAAUCAAACAUUUUUAACUGCUGUGAAUGAACACUUUUUUUUUCAUUUUCUUUGUAUAAAGCAUGCAAUUCUUUUCUUUGUGAUAAACCUAUAUGUAACAGACAGCUGACUAUUCCUAAGAAAUAUUUAAUUUCUAAAUAAAUUAAUUUGAAUGUUCAAUAGAAAAAAAAAGAAAUAAGCUGUUUUCAGUGUGCCAUUUAUAUAACCGGUAAGUGUUACUUGGUAAAUAAAUAAUUUGACAGAUUGGAGCGCACAAAUAGCUAAUUUGACCAAGUUCAUCUCCUGUUACAGACCACAAGACAUUUAUUAUUGCAGUGUUAGUGCAGUCAGUAGCUUGAAUCUUUUUGGCUGCAUGUAGCCAGAGUUGGUAUUGCUUCAUAAAAUAGCUUUGAAAAAAAUAAAUUAAAUCAAAACACAAUCCUGGGGAUGAGCUGUCGACUGCAUGACUUGGUGAUUUGCUAAUGAAUAUAUUUGAUGUCCUGUUUUCAAGCCAUCUUUCUAUUUAUAGGUCAUAUGGAAGCAAUAAGUGAUGUGAAAUACUCAAUGUGAGGAAUUAAGUCCAAAUGAAUGAUUUAUUAUUGUGGUUUUAUUAAAACAACAUCAAGA